AUGGUCUUGGUAGUGUCGUAUGUGUUCCUAGUUCUAACCAUUCUUUCCAUGGAUCUAAGGAUCUCUCAAGCCACAUCUCGUGUCACUUUUCACGAGCCAUCAAUUGCUGACUACCACCAACAAUGGAUGAUCCAAUUCUCUAGAGUUUAUAACGAUGACCUCGAGAAACAGAUGAGGCUUAAAGUGUUUGAGAAAAACUUGAAAUUCAUUGAGAACUUCAAUAAUAAUGGGAAUCAAACCUACAAACUUGGUGUCAACGAAUUCACGGAUUGGACCGAAGAGGAGUUCCUUGCCACCCACACCGGUCUCAAUAGCAUUAACCUAACUUCACCAUCUGAACAGGUUGAUGAAACAAUUUCAUCUUGGAAUUGGAACGUUAGUAACGUGGUCGCCGCAAGAAAAGACUGGACAAAGGAAGGAGCUGUGACGCCCGUCAAAUCGCAAGGAGGAUGUAAUGCUUGUUGGGCGUUCUCAGCGAUUGCAGCGGUCGAGGGUCUGACAAAGAUUGCACGAGGAAACCUCAUAUCACUGUCCGAACAGCAGCUUGUAGAUUGCGACAGAUCACGUAACUAUGGUUGCAAGGGUGGAUCAAUGGAAGAAGCUUUCAGGUACAUGGCACAAAGCGGAGGCGUUUCUUCAGAGAACGCAUACCCUUUCCAAGUGAAAGACGGGACUUGCCGGUCCAGCAUCAAACCGGUCAUGAAGAUCAGAGGGUUCCAAAGGGUUCCACAAAACAACGAGCAUGCAUUGCUCCAGGCCGUAUCGAAGCAGCCUGUCUCGGUGAGCAUUGACGCAAGCGCGGCCAGCUUCUUCCAUUACGCUGGGGGAGUGUACAAUGCUCGUGACUGUGGGGCCAACGUGAAUCAUGCAGUGACGUUUGUUGGGUACGGCACGAGCGAGCAAGGGAUCAAGUACUGGCUGGCUAAAAACUCUUGGGGUAAGACUUGGGGAGAGAACGGUUUCAUUAGACUCCGUAGAGAUGUGGAGUGGCCUCAAGGCAUGUGUGGUAUAGCUCAGUGGGCUUCUCUUCCUUAUGUGUGA